AUUGCCAAAACUGGUGAACUUAAAUCUACUCAUGUACUAGUCUUCAUCUCCCUAAUUCUCUACUUCAUGCUUCUUUCAUGAUCUAUUUUCUCCCAAUGACAAAUACUACUCACUAGCUAGCACGUUUCAUCACUCUUAAUUUAAUUUGGCACAAAAUAAAACAUAUAUACUCUCAGUUUUGAAGAUCUUGAUCUUUGCGAUGGAGCUUAAGUGUAGCUUCAUUGCCAUCUUCCUCCUCCUAUUACUCCUCGCCGCACCUUCUUUUUCGUCUUCUUCUUCAGGGAAAAUGGAUUUAACAAAUGUGGAGUCAGGGAUUUAUGAUAUUGAUUAUAGGGGACCAGAAACUCAUACAAACAUACCUCCACCAAAAGGGGGAAGGCAUAACAGUCAUCAUCAAGGCAUGUUGUUUCAUCACAAAGCUACUGAGCCUGGAAAAAGGGGAAAGAAAAAUCAUGGAUGACGGUGUAAAAAGAGUUUGAUGUAAUGGCGUGCUUUUGAGAUUUGUAUGAGCAGCGAGAGUGUGUCCUUAAUUAAUUUUGAUGAAGCAAUAGUAAUUAUAUGUUUGAACUCCUUUUAUUAAUUUACUCAUGUGAAAUAUAUUCAGAGGAAUGUAAUUAAUCGUCAAAUGCUUUAUAUUGGAUUUACUUAAUUAUACAUUAUAAUUUAUGUAUCUACUGAAGUUUGUGCAA